CUGCGUGACUAAGACAAGCGGGUGCGCAGGUUUCUAGCAAAGUCAUGCACCUAUGUGUUCAUUCACCCACGUAAAGCCAUAUACCCCCGCCACUCGUCGAACCUCACUAAACAUGAGCAGAAUACCUGUCCCCGCACCACCCACCAUGGAACAGAACCCCCACAUCCAAGCCUCCGUCCUCUUCCACCCCAUAGACCUAGACGAAUACGCGCAGUGGCGCGACCCGCACGAGAACUAUGGCUGGACACCGCUCCCCACAGCCUUCGAAUACGCAGAUUUCCUCGCGUGGCGGGACGCCGAAAAAACGCGAAAACCUGUGCCCCUCAUCGACGCAGAAGCAGAAGCACAUUUGAACACCGGGGGCCAGAUCGCGAUUACAUGCGGCCAUGCGGUGCACGCGGGACAUCCCACGUUGGGCGAGAAUGGAGCAAGCGAGGGGCAAGAGGUGGAGCGGUGUCCGAGGUGUGUGGUGGAUGCAUAUGUGCAGCUACUUGGGGCGUUGAGGGGGCGGUGGGACGAGGCUGGGGGACCGUGGAAAGAGCAACGGGUUGUGCCGACUGAGCAAGUGCGCAAAGCGUAUACGCGUACGAAGACGGAAUUCGCGAACGCAGUGCAAGAGUUGGAAGAUAUUGCCGUUGCGGAGGUUGAGUGGGAGGCCGCGCAUCCAGCGUAUGAUGUGCAGAUUGUGGGGAAGUACGCGGCUGUUGGCGCACUGCAGGAUUACGUCGAGCGUGCGCGAUUUGGGUUCCCGGCGGAGUUUUUGGACGAGAGUGUGCUGCCCAAAAAGGUUAAACCGAGAAGGAGGAAUCUGAGGGUGAGGUUUUCGGGCGAUACACCGCAAGAUACACGGCACCGUCCUUACGAGCUCUUCUCCCGCAACUGCAUAGCGUACGAACCCGAAACGCAUGCCUGCGUCGACGAAGACGGGUGGGAAGACCACGGGCUCGCGCAUGAUUGGGAGUUCAACGUCAAGCAGUGCAGGGUGUUGUUUUGCGAUAAGCCUCCCGAACGGCCAGAUGUGACGUACCGCGAGCUCACCGCGGAGGAUCAUAAAGAGCGCAUGCUCAAACAUGUCCAGACGUGGCUCGCCAUGAUGGAUCCGACAUGGGUGGUGGGAUGGACGGAUGUCUUGAGGACGACGACGGAUAUGUUCUUUGUGUGGAAGAGGGAUGUGAGAAAAGGGGGCCCGGAUGAGUUUGACUGUUGGGAAAGGCAGGCAUCGUUUGUGGGGACUAACUUGGAAGCGCAUGCACGACUAGUUGGGGAUAUUGAUGAGGAUGAUGAGGCUGGGAAUGUGGGGAUCAAAGAGCAAGAUGAGGAGGGGCAAGGCAUGGUUGGAAUUGAAGCGAGUCUCGAAGAGGACGACUUUUGGGAUCCGGAGGAUGACGAUAUGGUUGUCUCGGACUGUGAAGACGAGAAAACAGAAGCCGGAGGCGAGAAUGCUGUUACUCCCCAAAGCCCAAGAGAACAGGAAGACGGUAUGGUCGAUGAGGGGUUAGAGGAUGAUCACGAGAUGGAAGAAUGA